AUGCGGGCUGUGCAAGUAUUGUCUCUUCUUUCUAUGGCUUCUUCGGCCUUGUCUGCUGAGGAACCAACCGUCAAUCCUUACGUCAACCAAGCCCAUAUCGGAACUUUCAAUAUCUCUAGCCUCAAUAGCAGUGAUCCCCGCAACUCUGCGUUCCUCACUCGUCAGGAGGGAGAGUUGUUGCCAAAUCGCACUACUCAGGUUCGCCAUGGCUCCAAGCUGCGACAACUGGCCAAGGGCAAGGGGAAGGAGAUCGAAUUCACCACAAAGGCCAACGGUUCUCUCCAUAGCGUGGACUCCUUCAUGUACCACUUCGGUAUCUCUGGUGUCAUGAUCGUCAAAGACGGUGCUGUCAGGCUGGAGAGAUACCAGUAUGGAAAUGCUCCAUCUUUCAAGAACGUGGUCCAGUCGGUCACCAAGUCUUUCGUAAGCACAGCUCUGGCAGUGGCCAUUCGCAAGGGUAUCGUCCGUCUGGACGACAAGGCAUCCAAGUACAUCCCAGAGCUUGCAAGAGCUCCCUAUGGGGCCGUGUCUCUCAGAGAUCUUUCCGACAUGACAGCAGGUGUUGCCGAGCCAAGCGGGCCGAGUGCUCCAGAUCUCUUCGCCGACGUCUACUGGCGAACUGAUCCACACGCUGUCACUGACUACCUGAAAAACUACACCAAGGUCGCUGAGCCUGGCAAGGUGUUCCAAUAUUACGACACGAACUACUACGUCAUUACGCUGGCCCUGCAGCGCGCCAUCGGGGAGCCCGUCCAAGACUGGAUUGCCAAAUACAUCUGGGACCCAGCAGGCAUGAAUUAUGAUGGCUAUAUGCGAACAACAGCCGCACACCAAGUCGAUGGCCAUGGAGGCUUUGCCAUGACUCUGCAGGAUAUGGCCCGCUUCGGCCUUUUCGUUCUGGACAAUUUCAAUGAUCGAGGGGGUCCCGCCGUUCCAAACGGCUGGUUCGACGCUAUCGGUGCCGCUAAUACAAGCAAGGGCGUCCGUGCUCCGGGUGCCAUCGCCGUCGUCCCAGCCUCGGGGUAUCAGACUGGCUGGUGGACGAUGCCGCGCGGAGGCAAGGAGUACCAGCUCGGCGAUGAUUGUGGCUUCGCGGCGCUUGGAACGUAUGAUCAGGCCAUCUAUGUCAUACCCAAGAUGAACAUGACCGUCGCCCUGCAAUCUAGCUUCCCGGUGCAUUAUCCUGAUCUUUUCCUUUAUGGACAGAAGUUUGUUACUGCGGCAAGUUUGGCUCUUAAGAAGAAGUAG